UAUUAUAUUGUUUGAAGUUUAAUUUAAAGGAAUCACACAGUUAUCAGUCUUUCAUGGAUUCGAAUUUAUUGGUCUUUAUAAUUAACCGAUCUACAACUUUCGAUGUAUAUUUAAAAAGAAUAAGUUUUGGAGACGAGACUUACAGAAGCAGACGAUAUUGCAAGUGGAAGGUCAGUGUAGAUAGUACGGGGCAAAGAUGGCUUGCUCGCUUGACUUCUUUGCUGGAUGUUUGGGAGGAUGUGCCGGUAUUAUGGUGGGAUAUCCUUUGGAUACGGUCAAGGUCCAUAUGCAGACUCAAGACUGCCGCAAUCCAAAAUAUCGGGGCACCUGGGAUUGUUUCCGAACCAUACUCGCAAAAGAAUCGGUGACUGGCCUUUAUAAAGGAAUGACUUCGCCAAUCGCAGGGGUGGCUGUGGUAAACGCCAUCGUCUUCGGUGUUUACGGAUAUACUCAGCGGAACCUGUCUGAACCUGAUCGAUUGUCAUCCUAUUUCUUGGCUGGUGCAUCUGCCGGGCUUGCUCAAACUCCUGUUUCAAGUCCACUAGAGUUAGCAAAAACACGUCUGCAACUACAAUCCACGAGCCAAGGUAAUUUUCAAGGACCGAUGCAGUGCUUGAGGGACAUCUAUAGGCAGCAUGGUUAUCGUGGCGUCUUUAAGGGUCUAGGUAUUACAUUCCUUAGGGAAGGACCGAGUUAUGGCGUGUACUUCGUGACCUACGAGAUACUGACUAAAACGUCUUCGAAGCAAUCGAUUUCGACGUUUCAUAUGUUAUUAGCCGGAGGACUUGCUGGUACAGCCUCUUGGGUGAUUUCUUAUCCUAUUGAUGUCAUCAAGUCGCGCAUACAAGCGGAAAGUAGUAAUCGUUACUCAGGGGCUUUGGAUUGUCUCAAAAAAUCUGUACGGGUUGAAGGAUAUAGCUGCUUGUAUCGGGGUUUGAAUUCGACGAUUCUUCGAGCGUUUCCGACGAACGCGGCAACUUUCGCUGUAGUUACAUGGACGUUCCGAUUAUUUGGUGAACAAGCAGAUGAGAUAUCAAAGAGGGACGACGUCAUGUCAAGAACAAUGCAGACAAAAAAUCAUGCGGCAAAAGGAUAUGAAUCCUUUGCUAGUAAGUGGAAUGUGUUCUUCGAUAGUAUUUCGAGAAGUAAUGGUUUUGUUACUCCGUCAUACUCCGUUGGAUCUAUGUUGCCGAUUAGCAGGCAACUAAUGCCAAAACCUAGUGCCUGCUUACUUCAUAACUACAGAAAAUCGGGUUGUAAGUAUGAGAAUGUAUCGAAGCAGAAAAGUAUAUCUGAGAGUUGGGAGGAGAGAAAAAGAAAAUUGCGAAACGAUGAAGGAGCUGAGGAGGAUGACUAUGUUGACGAAAAAAAAGACUAUGGCAAUGUUAAGAUAGUCAUAAACACGUGUACUUGUAAUCUGCAACGUGUACUCGAGGUUCCAAAUUUAGAUAAUACAUGAUGUCACCCACAGUUGACGAAGUCUAGUACGUAAUGUGUAUUUUUAUUGCAACAUGUGUAAACAAGGAAUAUACAUAAUAUCUAU